ACCAUGGCCGCCUGUGUGUGGUGUGGGGAGAAGCUGGUCCUCCGUGUCCUCCUGUAGCGCUCACUGCCUCACCCUCACCCCUAGGGGCCGGAUCCAAAGGAACCUCGCUCCCCAGCCCUUCGGGCCCCAGCCAGAAAGGCUCUGGCAGCCCGGAGUUCGUAAUUUCUAGGACUUCCUGCCCGUCCACCCCCUGGCCUCUUCCCGUCUCUUGGCCACAGCCAUGGAGUUACAGAAGGGAAAAGGGGCAGCAGCAGCAGCAGCUGCUUCGGGAGCAGCGGGAGGUGGAGGAGGAGCGGGAGCAGGAGCCCCAGGAGGGGGGAGGCUGCUACUUUCAACCAGUUUGGAUGCCAAGGAUGAGUUAGAGGAGAGGUUAGAAAGAUGCAUGAGCAUUGUGACAUCGAUGACUACUGGUGUCUCAGAGAGGGAGGCCAAUGAUGCCCUCAAUGCUCACGUAUGCAAAGGCCCCCCCCAGCAUGAGGAAAUCUGCCUGGGCCUCUUCACCCUUGUCCUUACUGAACCUGCCCAAGCCCAGAAGUGUUACCGGGACUUGGCUCUGGUGAGUCGUGAUGGCAUGAAUAUUGUCCUGAAUAAGAUCAACCAGAUACUCAUGGAGAAGUACCUGAAGUUGCAGGAUACCUGCCGUACUCAGUUGGUGUGGUUGGUACGGGAACUAGUGAAGAGUGGGGUUCUGGGAGCCGAUGGUGUUUGCAUGACAUUCAUGAAGCAGAUUGCCGGUGGAGAUGUUACUGCAAAAAAUAUCUGGUUGGCAGAGAGUGUCCUGGAUAUCUUGACGGAGCAGAGGGAGUGGGUGCUGAAGAGCAGCAUCCUCAUUGCCAUGGCUGUUUACACAUACCUCCGCCUCAUCGUCGACCACCACGGAACUGCCCAGCUCCAGGCCCUGCGGCAGAAGGAGGUGGACUUUUGCAUGUCCCUGCUUCGGGAACGGUUCAUGGAAUGUUUAAUGAUUGGCCGGGACCUCGUAAGACUACUUCAGAAUGUUGCUAGGAUACCAGAAUUUGAACUGCUUUGGAAAGAUAUUAUUCAUAACCCUCAGGCCUUAAGUCCUCAGUUCACAGGUAUCCUGCAGCUUCUUCAGUCAAGAACAUCCCGGAAAUUCCUAGCAUGUCGUCUAACCCCAGACAUGGAGACUAAGCUCCUCUUCAUGACCUCCCGGGUGCGGUUUGGUCAACAAAAGCGUUACCAGGAUUGGUUCCAGCGCCAGUACCUGUCAACCCCAGACAGUCAGUCUCUGCGCUGUGACCUCAUUCGCUACAUCUGUGGGGUUGUCCACCCUUCUAACGAAGUGCUGAGUUCAGAUAUCUUGCCCCGAUGGGCCAUCAUUGGCUGGCUCCUGACAACAUGCACGUCAAAUGUCGCUGCCUCCAAUGCCAAGCUGGCUCUGUUUUACGACUGGCUGUUCUUUAGCCCAGACAAGGAUAGCAUUAUGAACAUAGAACCGGCCAUCCUGGUCAUGCACCACUCCAUGAAGCCCCACCCAGCCAUCACUGCCACACUCCUGGACUUCAUGUGCCGUAUCAUUCCCAACUUCUAUCCACCAUUGGAGGGCCAUGUGCGACAGGGUGUGUUCUCCUCCCUCAACCACAUUGUGGAGAAACGGGUCUUGGCGCAUUUGGCUCCCCUAUUUGACAACCCUAAAUUGGAUAAGGAGCUUCGGGCAAUGCUGAGGGAGAAGUUUCCCGAGUUCUGCAGUUCGCCUAGCCCACCAGUGGAAGUCAAACUUGAGGAGCCGGUUUCUGUGGAGAUGGACAACCACAUGUCAGACAAGGAUGAAGGUUGCUAUGACAAUGCAGAGGCAGCCUUCAGUGACGAUGAGGAGGACCUCAGCAGCAGAGGAAAGAAGAGAGAGUUUCGCUUCCACCCUAUCAAGGAGACAGUUGUGGAGGAGCCAGUCGAUAUCACCCCUUAUCUUGACCAACUGGAUGAGUCCCUAAGGGACAAAGUGCUUCAGCUCCAGAAGGGGAGUGAUACCGAGGCCCAGUGUGAGGUCAUGCAGGAAAUCGUGGACCAGGUCCUAGAGGAAGACUUUGACUCGGAACAGCUGUCUGUCCUUGCUUCCUGCCUACAGGAGCUCUUCAAGGCCCAUUUUCGAGGGGAGGUGUUGCCUGAGGAGAUCACCGAGGAGUCCCUGGAGGAGUCUGUGGGAAAGCCUCUCUACCUAAUAUUUAGGAACCUGUGCCAAAUGCAGGAAGACAACAGCAGCUUCUCUCUGCUUCUGGAUCUUCUCUCUGAGCUCUAUCAAAAACAGCCCAAGAUUGGCUACCACCUGUUGUACUACCUGAGGGCCAGCAAAGCUGCUGCUGGGAAGAUGAACCUGUACGAGUCAUUUGCCCAGGCCACGCAGCUGGGUGAUCUGCACACCUGCUUAAUGAUGGACAUGAAGGCCUGCCAGGAAGACGAUGUGCGGCUGCUGUGCCACCUCACACCCUCCAUCUAUACAGAGUUUCCAGAUGAGACCUUGCGGAGUGGCGAGCUGCUGAACAUGAUUGUGGCCGUUAUUGACUCUGCACAGCUCCAGGAGCUGGUUUGCCACGUGAUGAUGGGGAACCUGGUUAUGUUUCGAAAGGACUCUGUCCUCAACAUACUCAUCCAGAGCCUGGACUGGGAGACCUUUGAGCAGUACUGUGCCUGGCAGCUCUUCCUGGCUCACAACAUCCCCCUGGAGACCAUAAUCCCCAUCCUGCAGCACCUCAAAUACAAAGAGCACCCAGAGGCCCUGUCUUGCCUGCUGCUGCAGCUCCGAAGAGAGAAGCCCAGCGAGGAGAUGGUGAAGAUGGUGUUGAGCAGGCCCUGCCACCCUGACGACCAGUUCACCACCAGCAUCCUGCGGCACUGGUGCAUGAAGCAUGACGAGCUGCUUGCCGAGCACAUCAAGUCCCUGCUCAUCAAGAACAAUAGCCUCCCGCGCAAGAGGCAGAGCCUGAGGAGCUCCAGCAGCAAGCUGGCCCAGCUGACUCUGGAGCAGAUCCUGGAGCACUUGGACAACCUGCGCCUCAACCUGACCAACACCAAGCAGAACUUUUUUAGCCAGACCCCAAUUCUCCAGGCUCUGCAGCACGUGCAGGCAAGCUGUGACGAGGCCCACAAGAUGAAGUUCAGCGAUCUCUUCUCCCUGGCUGAGGAAUAUGAGGACUCAUCCACCAAGCCGCCCAAGAGCCGGAGAAAAGCAGCUCUGUCCAGCCCCCGCAGUCGAAAGAAUGCCACACAGCCCCCCAAUGCUGAGGAAGAGUCAGGCUCCAGCAGUGCCUCGGAGGAAGAAGACACAAAACCGAAGCCUACCAAGCGGAAACGAAAAGGGUCCUCUGCAGUGGGGUCUGACAGUGACUGAGGCCCCCCGUGUUCCUCCAUCCCACCCCCAGUUGGACUGCCCUCCCCUCCUUGGUGAAUCAGAGGUUAAUAAGGGCUGGGGAGAUAGUGGGGAGACACCCUCUCCCUCUGCUCAAGGCUCGCCUGGUGGGAAGGAUGAGUUGCUUCCUUUGGCUCAGCCUGAGAAGCUGCCAUGCAGCUCCAGCCCCUGCUCCCUGCUGUCCAGGCGCCUCCAGCCCCAUCACACUGCUGCUCCCACUGACUUGGGUCCCACUGAAGCCAGAGGCUGUGUGAAAUCUGGGCUGGUGCAGGUCCUCAGCCCCUGCCCCUCCCCAGCCUCCCAAAGAGAAGAGAAAUGGCAGAUGGGGCUUGCUGGUCAGAGAGGCCAGGAUGGGAGUGAAGACAGUGUAUGGAUGCCCCUUCCACAUGUUCCCCAUCCGGCCUUGAUUUGCUCCUAACAGGCAUUUUAUAGUUGCUCUCCAUCCUCCCGUGUGAAAUGGGCAUUUCAUCAGUGAUGUGGCCCAGCUGCCUGCCUGUUCCUCCACAUGGGGCACAUGCCGUAAGAGUUCAGGCAGGGACCGAGGGCAGAGGGAGGCCAGAGCCCUUGGGACUCCCAGAGAGAGACUUCCACAGAACUGUCAAAUGGUCCCAUUUCCUCAGUUCUGUCUUUUUGGGGUUUUUUUUGUUUUGUUUUUUU